AUGUGGAAGUUACUGCUGGUUAAGUUAUGGAUGUCUCUGGCAACGAUCUGCAUGGGAUACGUGACAUUUACCAACCUGAAUUGCAGUUCGUAUAAUUUGGACUAUCUAAGUUUUCCUACGUGUCAAAUUAAGGCGGUUAACCGAACUCAUAAGUAUAUCAACAUCCACGCAAAAAUAUACAAGUUUCCCAUUGCUGAAAGUUGGAUCAAGGUGAAGUUUAGGCGUUUUGACAAUGGUUACAAAGUAUUCUUUCCCGACCUAUCCUAUGAUGGCUGCAAAUUUAUGAAGAAACAGGAUAACAUAAUUGCUCAAAUGUUUUAUAGAACAUUCCAGAGGAGUUCCAAUAUGAAUCACACAUGUCCCUAUAAUCACGAUAUCAUAGUAGAUAAGUUGUUUACCGGUAAUCUGGAAAAGGAGUUCGUACGAUUUAUACCAAUACCAAAUGGUGCCUAUGCCCUUUACACCGAAUGGAGUAUAAAUAGUGUUUUGAGAGCCUCAGUUAAAUUUUAUGUCAAGAUAUCGGAGUAUUAA